AUGACUUCCAUGGCGAAACCUCGUGCCGAAAUGACGCAAGAGGAACUGGCAGCAAAGGAGCAAGAAGAGUUUAACGUUGGACCGUUGUCAAUUUUAAACAACUCCGUGAAGAAUAACGCUCAGGUGCUCAUCAACUGCAGAAACAACAAAAAACUUCUUGGUCGAGUGAAGGCGUUUGAUCGGCAUUGCAACAUGGUUCUCGAAAGUGUUAAGGAAAUGUGGACGGAGCAGCCAAAAACCGGCAAAGGAAAGAAAAAGGCCAAAGCCGUUCCAAAAGAUCGCUUCAUUUCAAAAAUGUUCCUCCGUGGUGAUUCAGUGAUACUUGUUUUGAAGAACCCACUUGCCCCUAGUGAAUAA